AUGUCCCGAGUGCCAGCUUCACAAGUCACACCACCCUACCACCCGCAAGCUAAUCCUGUGGAGAGGAGUAACCGCACAUUGAAGACCAUGAUUGCGAUAUUCAUAGGGAAGGAUCAUCGCGACUGGGAUCUUCAUGUUCACGAGUUUCGCCAUGCUUCGAACACUGCGACACAGGUGGUGACAAAAACAUCUCCCUCAUUUUUAAAUUACGGAAGAUAUCCUCGAAUGUUUAAAAGUUUGCGACGGGAGGUAGAACAACGAGAUCAGGUUAAGAGAAUUGCGCCAGAAGAUUGGGUAGACAGGGUAAAGAGGUUGGAUGCGUUGCGAGACUUGGUAGCGAAAUUUAUCGACAAAGAACGUAACGGACAGACCGAGUACUAUAACCGUAAUCGACGUGAGGGGUUGUUUAACGUGGGUGACUUAGUACUCCGUAAAUCACAUAUAUUGUCGACUGAUACACGGAAUUUCGCAACAAAACUCGCACCGAAAUAUGAGGGCCCUUUCCAGAUCAUGGAGAAAUUAUCACCUACGGUUUUUGUCUUACGCGAUAACGAGAGUCGUCGUAUUCCUAAAAUCCAUGCCUCAGACCUUAAACGAUAUCUCCCCCUACGAACUCAGUAA